UUCAGUAACCAAGAUCAAAGCAGAGCCCAGUGUAGAUCCAUUAACAACAUAUUCCACAUAUAACAGCCAUCAUCACCAACAUCACGACCACCACCAUGUGAACUUACCACUGAAGUCUGUUGCUAUAAAAGAGGAGACCUUGCUACUUCCAGAUCAGAUCUGUAGCACUCCAAUAGACCCUCCAUUUUCUCGGCAGGUCAAGCCCUUUGCCAAGCUCUCACCACUUCAAACUGUUGUUGAAAAUCCGAUGAAUUCUGUCAUUGCCUCCCGUGUAGUGCCUUCUGCAAAAUCUACAGCAGCAGUAGCAGCAACACCCCGAGAUAAAAAUGUGAUUGCCUCUAAGGUCAGGUGCAAACGACAGUAUCAAGGAAAUCUGCCAAAAAAGGCAGUUCGUGUAAUGACUGAUUGGCUCAAGUCGAACCGCUACCAUGCGUAUCCCAGUGAGGAUGAUAUACUGAAGAUGGCGACUAUUCUGAACAUAAAGCAGAAACAGGUGUCAGCCUGGUUCGUCAACGCACGUCAUCGAAAGCUAACUCAGAUCCUGCACAAGGAAGGGAAAGAUUCAAAAGACUACCGGAUAAGCCGCAAGAAGAAAAACACAAGCCUUGACAAAGGUCGGGCAACAAGUUCAGAAACAGAAGUGUCAACAACAAACUUGAUAACCAAGAUCAAAGCAGAGCCCAGUGUAGAUCCAUUAACAACAUAUUCCACAUAUAACAGCCAUCAUCACCAACAUCACGACCACCACCAUGUGAACUUACCACUGAAGUCUGUUGCUAUAAAAGAGGAGACCUUGCUACUGCCAGAUCAGAUCUGUAGCACUCCAUUUUCUCGGCAGGUCAAGCCCUUUGCCAAGCUCUCACUGCUUCAACCUGUUGUUGAAAAUCCGAUGAAUUCUGUCAUUGCCUCCCGUGUAGUGCCUUCUGCAAAAUCUACAGCAGCAGUAGCAGCAACACCCCGAGAAAAAAGUGUGAUUGCCUCUGAGGAUGGGUUCACCAACGCACGUCGUCGAAAGCUAACUCAGAUCCUGCACAAGGAAGGGAAAGAUUCAAAAGACUACCGGAUAACCCGCAAGAAGAAAAACACAAGCCUUGACGAAGGUCGGGCAACAAGUUCAGAAACAGAAGUGUCAACAACAAACUUGAGUACUAGUAGUUACCCUUCUCCUUCCUCUUCGACAUCAUCAGCAUCUGACGGGUCACUGGAUACAGGUGCAGUAGUGUCGGCCAAACAGUGCCGUAGAAGUGGUGAGGCACGAAACAACAGCAGCAGUUGCAAUGCCCGUCAUCGUCGGCAAAGUCGACUCUCUGCCAUGCCACCAACGCCAUGUUCUCUCACAUCGUUCGAAGGCAACACGUCGAGUGAUGAUGCCGAUGAGGAGGAGGAGGAAGAAGUGGAAAGGAGAGGUGGGGAGCAGGGCAGAGAUUUUGUAACUUUCCAACAGAGAAACUUGGAGGCUGAAGUACGGACUCUGAACUUUGAGAAUCUUUGAAGAAAAGAUCUUAACAUAAACACGUUAGGGUGAGAGGGUCUAUUGAACCAUUUACCACACCACAACAACAAUGACAUUAACAAGAAAGCCUUAACAUUGGUGGGGGUAAUGUAAUGCAGGGGUGGGAGCAAGAGCAGAUCUAUGAAUAUUAGUUCGAUGGAACUGGAUUUGGUGUAAAACUCUGGGUGAGAAAAAGCAUUCUUCUAACUACACAUCACUUGUCCAACUCCAUUCUGUAAUAUGUGUGAGUGAUUUUUCACUUUUGUUUUUUGGUCUAGUUGUAGAGAACUGUGAACUGAAAUGAAUAUUUAAAAAUAUUAAAAAAAAAAAAAGAAAGAAAAGAAAAAUGAAUAACCCCGCUCAUUCCCGUUUCCCUUCCCCUCUUUUAUAUGCAUACAUAUAUAUUUUGUAAAAAAAGAUGAAAAGGUUGUAUAACAAAAUAGAAGGAAUCCCUACCCAUCCCCUCAAAAAACUUAUCAGUCUUCAUCCUUCAUCCCCUCUCCUCAGUACUAAUCGAAAGGACCCCAAGGUGGUAUUAUGAUUAUUAUUAUUACCACCACCCAAAAAAUUAUACACCCUUCAUAUAAAGUCUUACCUACAGACAUUUCUUAGACUCCCUCCAACAUUCUUAUGGUAAUGUCUACUUAAAGACACUUAUGGCAUGGAAGUAGAGUGUGGAGUUUUGUGCCAAUGUGGAAUAUGUUAUGGUAUUAAAUGAUGAACUUUUUGUUGACCAGAUCAAA